UUAGCCAGUGACUGGAGCCUGCUUUCCUGUUAGCCAGCGGUAUUUCUACUCGGUCCCGUUUGACGGCGAGUAAAGGAGACGCUACAGGAAUAUUCACAGAACGCGUUUUUAAAUGUAUUCGAAUGGCGGAAGCCUCGGGAACAGGCACUGAAAAUCCUGAUAUACGAGGGAGGGCCAGCCAAUCAGCAUCCAGAAGGACUCAUCCACGGCCAGGCCACAAUAGAAAACGGGGAGGUCACGAUGGAGCACGUGUUCGGUCAGGACACUCAAAUCUAGCCGGUUCUCUCGAGAAUGAAUACUAUGAAAAUAAAUUCUAUGACAAUGCAGCUACACACACAUUGCACAACAGCUUAUCUUCCAGAUGUGAGACAAGAGGAAGGAGGGGAAGAGGGAGAGGAGGUAGGGGUAAUAGUGAGCGUGGGUCCCAGGGUUCAAGGUGGUCAAGGACUGAAAGAGAUAAUGGCCCUUUAGUACAGGACAAUGGAUCUAGUGUUGUCCAGCAAUCCAACACCUCACCUGCCUCCAGGUUCACAGAUGGGGAGAGUCAACAAAAAACCCCUGGAGAAACGUACACGGGCGAGUUCCAAUACGAACCCAGAGAAACCUGGCCAAGAAUGUCCAGGAGAGGCAGAGAUGAAAGAAGGCCAUUAAUCAGACACAAGGAGGCAAAUCAGGACCAUCAUGCAGCAGAUGUAGACUAUACAGCCUCUGAACUAGAGCAUGAGCACAGGAACAACAGAGGAUGGAGAGGAGGAAGGCAGGGUUACCCAAGGAAGAAAGGGCCAGCCUUACACGCUAGCAUCCAAGAGAACUGGAGAGGGAGAGAGCCAGCACACAUGGACAAGGAGGAGGAGAAACCAAGAGAAGAUAAGGCCAGAGGAAGCAAAGAGGAGCCUACCUGGAGAGGUGCAAAUGGAAAAGACCAGUGGAGGAGACCCCAAAAUCAACAGCAAGGACAAAGGCGAGGAGGAGGACGUCCCGAGAGGAGGACUGGGCCAGUGAAACGUGUCGAGCCACCCAAGAACAGAGAGACCCAGACAGGUUGCCUCAUUGAGCAGCUGACGGAAGAGAAGUACGAGUGCAUGGUGUGUUGUGAUGUGAUCCGUGUCAUGGCACCGGUUUGGAGCUGUCAGAGCUGCUUCCACGUCUUCCACUUGAACUGCAUCAAAAAAUGGGCUCGCUCCCCUGCCUCACAGGCUGACGAGACUGGUGAAGGCUGGCGCUGUCCUGCUUGUCAAAAUGUGGCAUUAAAGUUCCCAGCAUAUUACAUCUGUUUCUGUGGGAAGGUGACCAAUCCGGAGUAUCAGCACCGUGAGAUUCCACACAGCUGUGGCGAAGUAUGUGGGAAGAAGAGGACGAGUGGAGACUGCAAUCACCGCUGUAACAUUUUAUGCCACCCAGGCCCUUGUCCACAGUGUCCAGCGUUUACCACCAAAUCCUGCGUUUGUGGAAGAACCAGAAAGCAGGUGCGCUGCAGUCAGACAGGAACUCUGCAUUGUGACCAGGAGUGUGGAACUCUCUUAAACUGCAAAGAGCACUACUGUACACAGAUUUGUCACCAAGGCCCAUGCCAGCCUUGCCAGCUCCGUGUCCAGCAAGCGUGUUACUGUGGGGUGGUGCACAGGGAGGUGGCAUGUGGGACUGACCGGGACAAACUUGAUGGAUCCGGAUAUUUCUCCUGCCACAAGCCAUGUGGAAAGAUGCUGGAAUGCCAAGCUCACCACUGCCAGCAGGUGUGCCACCCAGGUCAGUGCCAGCCAUGCCCUCUCUUACCCAUUCUGGUGAGUAGCUGCCCUUGUGGACAGACAGCUUUAGCCAAGCUGCUGGAGUUGGGUUAUCCAGAGAGACGGAGUUGCACCGACCCUAUUCCAUCUUGUGGAAAGAUCUGCAACAAGCCACUGCCUUGUGGUGACCUUGACACCAUUCAUCUGUGUGAUAAACUUUGCCAUGAGGACAAAUGUGGCCCGUGUGCUCUCACCUCCACCAUUAAGUGCAGAUGUGGCAGUAAAACCAAGGAGGUUCCAUGUACUAUGAUCUGCAGUGAAGACGAACUGAUGUUUACUUGCGAGAGACGUUGCAACAAGAAGCGCUCGUGUGGCAGGCACAAGUGUGGAGAGCUGUGCUGUGUGGACCCUGAGCAUAAAUGCACAAUUAUCUGUGGCUACAGGCUCAACUGUGGUCUUCACCGGUGUCAAGAAGUGUGUCACCGUGGAAACUGCCAACCCUGUUGGCAAACCAGUUUUGAUGAGCUGGCCUGCUACUGUGGUGAAACGGUCAUGUUCCCACCUAUCCCCUGUGGCACCAAACCACCUGAAUGCAAAAACCCCUGCACACGCCACCAUGACUGCGAUCACCCAGUUUUUCACUCCUGCCACAGCGAAGAGAAAUGUCCUCCCUGUACCUACCUCACCAAGAAGUGGUGCAUGGGCAACCAUGAGCAAAGAAGUAAUAUCCCAUGCCACCUGCAGGACAUCUCGUGUGGUUUGGUCUGUAAUAAAUUGUUGUCCUGUGGCUCUCACCACUGCAAAAGGAUCUGCCAUCGUGGGGAGUGCCAAGUUGAAGGUGAUUGUAAGCAGCCUUGCCUUCACCCUAGACCUGAGUGUGGGCACCCCUGUAAUGCCCCGUGCCACCCUGGCACCCCCUGCCCACAGACCACCUGCACUGCCAAGGUGGCAAUGCAGUGCGAUUGUGGACGCAGGAAGGAGACCGUGCCCUGUACAGUGGCAGCCAGCUCCUCCUUGAGAUAUGCAGCUAUUGCUGUGGCAAGUAAGUUAUCAGAUAUGCAGUUAGGAGAGUCCGUCAACAUCACUCAGCUCACCAAGAAGGACCAGAAACAGGCCAGGCUGGAAUGUGAUCAAGAGUGUGCUACGCUGGAGAGAAAUCGGCGACUUGCAGAGGCACUGCAGGUCGAUCCAACAGUCGAUCCAUUCAACACCAAAUCCUCCGCAUGUAAAUACAGCGACUCUCUCAAAGAGGAUGCCAGAAAAGACUUCAAGUUUGUCAGUGAAGUAGAGGAGGAAAUCAAGAAUCUGAUUGAACUAACAAAUAAGGGUAAACAGCCAAAGAGGAGUCACUGUUUCCCACCCAUGAAACGUGAUCACCGGAGAAUUGUUCACGAGCUGGCAGAAGUGUACGGAUUGGAGAGCAUCAGCUACGAUAGCGAACCCAAACGCAACAUUGUCAUCACAGCUGUUAGGGGGAAAUCUGCAUGUCCUACUUCCACUCUGGCUGCACUGAUCGAGAGAGAGACUGCUGCCCGAGCCCCACCACCGAUUGCCCAUCUCAAACAAUACAGCAGCAAGGUUGAUGGUAGUACUGCUUGGCUGAAGCAUGCGAAAGAAGAGCCGAUUGAUUACUUUGACGUUCAGGAUUGAUUAAAACUGUGAUGUAUCCACAUUUAAUGGUCACUAUCCACGUCACUGCAAUCAAAUCAAAUAAAAAUGUGCACUUGAGUUGGGCACUCCUUCAUAAAGCUUCUUCUGAGGUAUUUUUAUAGCCGUUAGACACUCGUCUACUUUGCUGAGCAAUCGCUGUUUACUCAUUUUCAGAGGAAGCCAGACCAUCUCAUGUGUCUUUCAGCCCUGCAGAUGAAGACCCAGCACCAGUCUAAUACACCUAGGUGUUAUUCAAGACUGCACUGGAACAGUGCAGUAUAUUUAAGUAAGGAAUAAACCAGAAUGAAACACGCUGUUAUCAGAAAAUAAUCAACAGCACGAGAGAGUGAUGCAAGCACAGCAGUUUAUCAGUAAAUACAGUUGUUCACUCCCCAGCCUCUCUUUUUACCUCCAUCUUGAAUUGAAUAAGCCAAAACCAUUCAGCUGCUUUUGUUGCAGAGGAAACGAAAAGUGCAAACUCCUUUGUCCUGAAAAGUGUUCUAAAGCGUCGACACCUGAGACUCUUUCCAUAAAUAUUAAAUAAACGUCUUAAAGAAAGCUGCACCAUA